AUGCUCAGAAGCAUGGAUGUGAAGUACAAGUAUGCGAUCGUACGGGUCAAAGAAUCGUCAGUGAUCGACUUCUUUGGUUUGAUUGCAUCAAAUGGAUAUUCGGAUGUUUCAUUUGUAAGCAACCUGAAUCAAGCAAUAGCUCGUCCCGAUCCGAACGAUGAUGCUGGCGCGUCGACAUCAAUGAAAAGCGAUGAUCGUGUUGCUGAUUCCGAGGAUCAUUGUUCAGUAUCCGCCACGCCUGUCUCACCCGGUGAAGAAUUUACGAAUGGAAGCGCAUCUGCGAAACGAUUGGCAUCUGCAUUCAAUCUCAACAUAGCUAUACCUAAAAUAGAAAAAGACGAUCCGACACCUGAAGAAGAGAUCGAGGAUGGCGGAGACCUGAAUUUGGAUUCGUUUCCCCAAGGUUCUGCUCCCAUCGAUCUUGUUACGGGAUUAUUUGCGACGGAUCCAUUCACGCAUCUUUUACAGCAUAAGAUCCCUAACCUUGGGUCUGAUUGGAAUCCAUCGUCUGAUCUGAAAGCCCGACAGUUCAUUUCAAAUCACUCCCGGAUCCCUCCGUAUAAACAGCUGGAAGGAUUUCAAACGCGUAUGAAAGGAUGGCAGCGCGAAUACAUCAAAGAUAUUAUCAAGGAGGGUCAUUAUCCAACAGAAGAGGAGCUUAGGGAUAUCGAAGUGAAGUGUGAUCUUAGUCGGAAACAAGUCCUGAGAUUUAUCGCGAAGCGUGUUGGGAAUCCGAAUCGAAAACCGCGCGACGGUCGACUACCUCCAGCCACUCCGGAAGAGAUCCAACAAACGUUGGAGAAAUUCAACGGGACUUCUGCAUGA